AUGCUCGACGAUGUUCAAAUCGAUUUCUAUCUCAAUUAUUGGAUUUGGAAUGUUCGCUACAAUGAAGAACGACGAUCUCGCACUUUUAUACAUGACACAUUUGCGUUUACGAUUCUGCGGGAGAAAAUCGCCAAAAAUUUGCCGCCGAAACCCAAGGUGCUCGAUUUCAAAAAGAAAUGGCCGUUGAUAUUCAAGAAGCAAAAGGCGGAUCUAUUCGAAAAAGAGUUUUGGGUGUUCCCGAUUCAUUUGAAAGAGAUCCGGCAUUGGACAUUGGUUAUUGUUCAUAAUCCAGGAGCUGCGAUACGAAAGUAUAAACACACAUUUGGCAAAGACUGCCGAAUUCUUCUCAUGGACAGUUUGACGAAUCAUCCAAAAUAUCGCGAAUAUUUUGCGAUUGAGCACCCAAAUAUAAUGGAGACGAUUAAAAACUACUUACAAUUACUCGCGGCCUCAUAUGGAUAUUCGGUGUUGAAAAAUCGCAUCAAAAGCGUUAUUUGUUCUGAUAUCACCCAACAGGAAAAUUGUGUUGAUUGCGGAAUUCAUUUACUAGUCAAUGUUGAAUAUUUCACCUAUUUCAAUACUCUUUGGACGGCGUGCGCUACCAAAGAUUUGCACGAAAUGAGGCACGAUGUCGAUAUUGAGUUUAAUUUGAAAACUGGAAAAACUCGAAAAGACUUUCAAGAGCUUUUCACUUAUUUAAAAACUAAUCCCAUUAUUAAUAUAUAA